CUGACCGCGCCCCAGCUCCUUCCCAGGAAUAUAAAGGGGCUCUUAGAAAUCGCGCCUCUGCCUGGUGAAUCCUAUCUCCUCCCGCAAGCAGCAGCGCCCUCUGCCCUGAGCAGUGGGGCCAGGAAGACCGAGAAUAAACCGGAGAGGUGCAAGCUGCGAACUGCCCCGCACCCAGCAGCACUGCCCCCAGUGCACCGCUUAGAAAUGGCUGCUAAAGUGGCUGGGUCUUUCCCUCUCCUCACCCCUCCUCUGUACCAGCUGAGCUUUCCACCUGCUACCGUCUAGCCUGCUAUAGGGCCGCAUUGAAAAUUUCCCGGCGCCUUGCCACACGCGAGUUCCAGCCGGCGUCACGCCGCACGGUGGGUUUAGGCAGAGGCAGAGCUCUCUUCGCUGCCUUCCCAGGACGAGAACUUUCCAGGGGCCAAGCGGGGAUGCUUUGGCGCCGCUAUUCGAAGCGGUGCGGGGUUGCCUCGGACUCCAAUGCCGCGGGAGGAGCAGCUGCAGCCGCGGUUCCUUGCGGAAGAAGUGGCUAGGGCGGGGCGGAAGGGGUUAAUAGCUGCCUGCCUUCUGCACAGUAGCGGGCGGUAAUUGUCAGACCAGGCAGCAGGCUGAGAGAAGCGGGCGGGAAGGACUUUGGGUGCCUUGUUGCAGCCGGCUAAUUACCGAGGAGUCAUUGGUUGCUUUUGGGUGGCGCAUUUUAUUUUCAUGUAGCCCCCCCUCCCCCUUCCUGCUGCUGGUGUGUGCGUUACAGCCCGGGAAGGUGCAGCUCUCCCUUUCUCACACACUCCCUCGCCUAGGCUGCUGCUGCUUCAGCAUCACCUGAAAGUUUCCUCCGUGUAAGGGCUCCUCCGGAAGGGCACUGGGAGAGCCCCUUGCCUUGCAGCCGCCGUGUGCCCCCGGCGGGGCAGGAACAGAGCGACUUCUCCGUUAAAGAAGACGAGGAGAAGGCUAGGCUGGAGGAUUUCCGUUCCGUCCUGCCUGAUCCAGGGGAUUGUCUGUAACGGGAAGGAAGAUAACUGAAAUGCCAGCCAAAGUGUAAAGGCUGAGAGGCGAGAGAAAGCCAUCAGUGCGGGGCUGUGGCUUGGCACAUCCCUGGGAAAGAUUUCUUAGCUGGUUUCUGGCACCUACGCGGAACUGUGGAUUCAGAAGCAAGUCUGCUGCCUGGCUUUUCCUGCGUCCCAUCCCGCUUGUGUUAAGGACAUUAAGGAUAAUUAUGAUCGCCUCGAGGUAAUCCUUUGGAGACUUGUUUCAAGAUGUAGAACUCUGCUCCCUAGACUAUCAGCAUAUUUCCUGAUUGAAGCAGUGUAAUGAAAAUAAAAUUCGCUUUGCCUUACGAUAUGGAAUCAGAUUCAGAUUUCAGCUACAGUGGUGAAAAUCCCGAAUAACACUAUUGACUUCUGAAGGUUGAUAUGAAGAUGUACGUUCUGAUACAUUGAAGCAGAGGAAGAGCUCCACCAGAAGCAUGUGUGAUGCACAGUUUCAAAAAGGUUCAUUUCAAGCAGUUGGUGUGCUGUGCCGUGAGAGAUGCUGUUGUCCAUGACAGGAGAGGAUUAUUAUGAUCAAAUACUCUAUUUGGACUUCACCCAGUGGCCAAGCACAUCAUAUGGUAGACAGCCACGGACUGAACUUUUACUAAUAGUGUAACAGGCUUGUGACCAAGAAGUAGACAACAUUGGAGGAGUCAUGCUUCACACGGCCAUAUCAUGCUGGCAGCCAUUCCUAGGUCUGGCUGUGCUGCUUGUUUUCAUGGAGUCCACCAUAGGCUGCCCAGCACGCUGUGAGUGCUCAGCACAGAACAAGUCUGUUAGUUGUCACAGGAGGCGCCUGAUCUCUAUCCCUGAGGGCAUCCCCAUUGAGACCAAAAUCCUGGAUCUAAGCAAGAACCGACUGAAGAGCAUCAAUCCUGAGGAAUUCACAUCCUACCCGCUGCUCGAGGAGAUAGACCUCAGUGACAAUAUUGUUGCCAAUGUAGAGCCUGGAGCUUUUAACAAUCUUUUCAAUUUGCGCUCGCUGAGACUGAAAGGAAACCGUCUGAAACUCGUCCCUCUAGGGGUAUUCACAGGGUUGUCAAACUUAACAAAGCUUGAUAUAAGUGAAAACAAGAUUGUCAUUUUGCUGGACUACAUGUUCCAAGAUCUGCAUAACCUGAAGUCCCUUGAGGUUGGGGACAAUGAUUUGGUUUAUAUAUCCCACAGGGCAUUCAGCGGACUGCUUAGCCUGGAGCAGCUCACCCUGGAGAAAUGCAACUUAACAGCUGUACCAACAGAAGCCCUUUCCCAUCUUCACAACCUCAUCAGCCUGCAUCUGAGACAUCUCAACAUUAACCUUUUGCCUGCAUAUGCCUUUAAGAGAUUGUUUCGCCUAAAAGACCUGGAGAUCAACUACUGGCCUUUACUGGACAUGAUGCCUGCCAAUUGCCUGUAUGGUCUCAACCUCACUUCUCUCUCAGUCACCAACACCAACCUGUCUGCAAUACCUUAUUCUGCUCUUAAACACCUGGUUUACCUGACACAUCUAAACCUCUCUUUCAACCCCAUAAGCGCCAUAGAAGCAGGCAUGAUUGCAGAUUUGGUGCGUCUGCAGGAACUGCACAUGGUAGGGGCCCAGUUACGUACCAUUGAACCACAUGCUUUCCAAGGGCUCCGUUUUUUGCGUGUUCUUAAUGUGUCCCAAAACCUAUUAGAAACACUAGAAGAGAAUGUAUUUCAUUCCUCCAAAACUCUUGAGAUCCUCUGCAUUAACAACAACCCCCUGGCUUGUGAUUGCCGCCUCCUUUGGAUAUUACAAAGGCAGCCCACGUUACAGUUUGGUGGCCAGCAGCCCAUGUGUGCCGGCCCAGACAGCGUCAGAGAGAAGCCGUUCAAAGACUUUCAUAGUACUGCCCUUUCCUUUUACUUCACCUGCAAGAAGCCCAAGAUACGAGACAAGAAACUACAGUACCUGGUAGUGGAGGAAGGGCAGACAGUGCAACUGAUGUGCAAUGCUGAUGGUGACCCUCAGCCUACCAUCUCCUGGGUGACACCACGACGGAGGCUGAUCACGACUAAAUCAAAUGGAAGAGCCACAGUGCUGGGAGAUGGCAUGCUAGAGAUCCGAUUUGCUCAAGAUCAAGACACGGGAACCUACAUUUGUAUUGCGAGUAAUGCAGCUGGGAAUGACACAUACUCAGCAUCCCUUACGGUAAAAGGAUUUACUUCAGACCGUUUCCUUUAUGCCAACAGGACCCCUAUGUAUAUGACAGACUCCAAUGACACCAGUUCCAAUGGAACCAAUGUGAACACCUUCUCUCUGGAUCUUAAGACAAUACUGGUGUCCACAGCCAUGGGCUGUUUCACAUUCCUUGGAGUGGUUUUAUUUUGUUUCCUACUUCUUUUUGUGUGGAGCCGAGGAAAAGGCAAGCACAAAACCAGCAUUGACCUUGAGUAUGUCCCCCGCAAAAACAACGGUGCUGUGGUUGAAGGGGAGGUUGCUGGACCACGGAGGUUCAACAUGAAAAUGAUUUGAUGGUAUAAUGUGAGCAGCGCUUUUCUCUGUGGCAUUAUAACCAAUUAAACAUGCCUGGCAUGUGGAAUUGCCAGGCAGGGGCAGCUCAAUGCAGUUGUCACUGUGUCAAAUGGUUAUGUGGAAAUGGAAAGACUAUUUGGGGGUGUACAAUAGAGCCUCCUAGACUUGAGGCAUGUCUGUCAGGGCCUUUCAAAUCGUUGGUAAAUGGUACUAAUUGUUUGCAUUGCAAAUAUUGGCAUUCUGGGGAUCUCAGUAAUGAACUGUUGGCUCAUGUUCAUGGACAGUUAUUCAACAUUUUCUACCACUACAAAAAGAAAAAGAAAGAAAAAACCUACAGUGUAGGAUUUACAUAUUUAAAAAGACACAUUUGUCUAAAACAUACUCUGCAGUGAAAUUUGUAUCUAUAGAUCUCAUUUGUUAAAGCCUUGCAUCAUACCCUAGAAUUGGUUCAACACCACAAAGAAAUUGAACUUAUCUUUUUUUUUAAUAUACAUAUAUACUGUGUACAUUUUAAAGCAAUAUGAAUGAGAGGUUGUGCUUUGAGCUAUCCACCAAGACUGACCCAAGUGUGAUGUCACUCCUCCCCUUAACUACACUCAAACUCCAAAUUAAACCUCUGUAGUUACCAAUGAGAUAACCCAAGAUACUUUUGUUUUCAUGUAGAAGGCCAGAGAGGCAUAGAGGCAUAGCUUAGGGCAGAAAUGUUCUGCUCUGUCGGUCCUCUCUUCAUAUAAAUAAAAGGCAUGUGCCUAGUUUUGAUACAGAAUGGAGUAUUUUUUAUAUCUGUGAUAUCACACUGGACCAGCUUACUGUAAAAAAGCCCUGGUUCUCACCCAGGAGAGUCCAACCUACUAUGGAUAGCAGACAUAUAUAGGAGAUUAAUUAUACUUUGAAAAAAGAGAUUUGUUUUUGUCACCCAUUGGUUGUAAUUUACAAGCCAUGUUAAAAUGUUAAUGUGUCCUGGGAGGGAGAGGGAGAAAGAAAGAAGAAAACGUGUUCUGUGUACUCCUAGGGUAAUAUGGUCACCUUAGUAUUUGAGGGAGUGAAUUAAAAUGUACAAAAACUCUGUUGAUCGAAAUGAACUCUUCUCCAAUGCCAAUAAACUUGGGUUGUCCAUGCAUAA